CGUUUCCGCGGGGAUGUCUGCGCGCUCUCGAGCCGUUCAUGGCCGCUCGAGCUCCGUCUCGUUCGUGUCGCCGAGGCCGCGGCGCCGCCGCUGCUCGCGUGCCUGUGUCGGGCCCGGGGACGGCGGAGCACGCGGCCCGCUCUCAGUCCGGCCGAUGAUGGCGGUCAGCAGGCAUACCGGAGACACUCCGUGUGUGGGACAGUUACCGGAUAAACGCCAUUUUGUGUGAGAGCGGAGUCGCAGGCCGGACUGUCCGCCAUUUAACAAAAGCACCGAGUUUCACCACAAAUACCAACAAGUGCCGUUAAACACCAACAGUUACCGUGAACGUGGCGGUUACCGACCCGGUGUCUCAGUAAACACCACUCAGCCGUUAUGGUCCCGGGGAGGCUAAUCUGUCCGCCGGUAACGUUUACGUUGUUUAACGUUAAGUUAGCAUUUUAGCUCCCUUACGUUACAGGCUAGCCUCACAGGCUAACGGGAGGCUCUCCGGUGAACACAGCUGCCGUUACACCACACGAAAACCCCGUUACACCGUUAACCAUCCGCUCGCGCACUACCUAGUUUACAGUUCUAACGGUUCGAUCCGGAUCUGGUGACCUUUAAACUAUCGCUAGCCUCGAAGCUGUUAGCCCGUUAGCUUGGUUAGCCGGUUUAACUGAUCCGGUCUGAGUAGAAACAGGACUUUGUGUCCGUUAACGUUGCAGGACCGGGUUUAAACCCAGUCAGCGGAGGUUUACAGGUAAAACAGGACCAGGUGAGUGAGGUAAUACGAGAAUAUUAUUCAAAUAAACUGUGUAAACUCGAUGCUAAUAAGUAGCCUGCCUGUCCUCUCUGUUCAGUUAAAGGCUUCAUAAAGCGUGCACACGCUCUGGUGCGCGUGUCCGCGCUAGAAAGAGGUACAUGAACUACUUGCAAACGCACGGGGGGGGGGGUAAACGCAGCCUCUGAGCACGGCACUCACCCUGCAGCUCACCUGGACACCUCCCAGGUGAAUGUUAAACAAGCAGGAGACCACUGACAGACAUGAGACGGAGACCGGCAGCUGUCCAUCCAUGGAGCUGAUCCAGCUGCUGUUAAUGGGACAGUCUGACCAUGUGGACGCAGAAUAAGUCCCCCUGUCCUGUGUCCUGUCUGAUUCCUCUGAUGAAUCAAAGGAAGUAUUACAUCACGUGACUGACUGAUAAAAACAUGCAAACAUAAAGGUCAUCCAGUUAAAUCAUCUGUGAAUGAUGAAGUGCUGAGGCGACGUCUCUAACCCUGUCAUAUAUUCACUAGUUCACACAGGAUUGCACAUGUUUUACAUCUGUGUCAGUACUGACCUGCUGCUUCUUACAGCUGAUGUGUCUGUGUCCUCUCACUCAGUGUUGUGUCUUCUGUGCACAGAUGGCAGAGACAGUGAAGUAUGUGGACGACGAACACAAGAGCAUCUUCCUGAAGCUGCUGAACGAGCAGCGACUGGAGGGCGAACACUGCGACAUCGCCGUGGUGGUCGAGGAUGUGAAGUUCCGGGCUCAUCGCUGUGUACUCGCCGCCUGCUCCAACUACUUCAAAAAACUUUUUAAAAAACACGAGGUGGACAACUCGUCUGUGAUCGAGAUCGACUUCAUUCGCUCUGAUAUCUUUGAGGAGGUGUUGAAUUACAUGUACACUGCAAAGAUUUCCGUCAAGAAGAGAGACGUCAACCUGAUGAUGUCAUCAGGACAGAUCCUCGGCAUCCGCUUCCUCGACAAACUCUGCUCUCAGAAACGAGAUGUAUCAUCAGAGGACAAAGAGAAGUUUCCCUACGACAUCGUAAAGAUGGCGCUGCCGCCCGAGGCUCAGCUGGCGGCUGAGUCUGAGGUGCUUGGGGAACACGAUGACACGCCCACAACAGACGAUCUCGUUGAGGCAUCAGCCAAUCAGGAGCUAGAUAAGUCUCCCAGUGCAGCAUUGCGUGUCCAGGAGGCCAUCCUGAAAGAACUGACCAAUGAGGACGUACACAAGGUGACCUGCUAUGACCAGGAUGUGGUGACAGAGAUGGAGGCAGAGCCUAAAGAGCUGGGGGCGGAACAUCAUGCCACACAGACUCUGACAUUUGCCGACAGUAUGGGAGAGGUGAAGGACGAGCAGCCGCCUGGUUGGUCAACGGCGACAACUGACAUGAAGUUUGAAUACCUGCUGUACGGACACAGAGAACAGCUUGCCUGCCAGGUGUGUGGGAAGACCUUCCAGGACGAGAGCAGACUUAGGAAACACGAGAAGCUUCAUUCAGCAGAGCGUCCAUUCGCCUGUGAGAUCUGUUCCAAAGCUUUUACAACACACGCUCACCUGAAAGAACACCUGAAGAUCCACACAGGCUUCAAACCUUACAGGUGUGAUGUUUGUGGGAAAUCAUUCAUUCGAGCUCCAGACCUGAAAAAACACGAACGGGUUCACAGCAACGAGAGACCGUUUGCCUGCCAGAUGUGUGACAAGGCAUUUAAACACAAGUCCCACCUGAAAGACCAUGAGAGGAGACACAGAGGAGAGAAACCAUUCGUCUGUCCUUCCUGCACAAAGGCUUUUGCCAAGGCGUCAGAUCUGAAGCGUCAUGAAAACAACAUGCACAGUGAGAGGAAACAGCUGAAUCCACUGCAGAGCGACACAGAGACACUGCAGGCUGCUGCCAUGGCUGCAGAGGAGCAACAUCUGGACAACAUCAGCUGUUCUUAACAUCUGGACAACGUCAGCUGCUCCUAAUUUUCACUGUAUUGAUAAGAAUAUUUUCACUGUACCUACUGACUUAUUUUUAAUGCAGACCUUUAAUGAAGUUCUGUUUGUAGGAUAGUUUAUCCUCUGAACAGUGAACAUGAACUGAUGACCUCGAUGAGCAUGUGAUUGGUAAACAUGGCUGCCGCUCUGUGACCUCCUCCUUUUCUUUUGGCUUCCUGUAUGAUCUGGAAUCUUUGUAAAUGUACAGAUUUGUUUGUCAGUCUGAACCAAACUCCAUACAGAAAGUGGUGGAUUUUGAAGCUGCUGGUUUGUGCUGUCGUAUGUAAAACUGUCGCUCUGUUCUGUUUAAUAAGCAGAGCUGCUGGGUUUUAAACCACGCCUAUUUUAUUUCAUUAGGUUUCAUCACCAUCACUAAACUACAGGAGCCCGGAGUGGACACAUUAAGUCACAGGGCUCUGUUUCCAUGGUGCCGCUCUAACAGCAAAAUAAACCAUUUUAAUUAAAACCUCA